GAGAAGCUGAGCAGAUCUUUUCAUUCCAGACAUUUUUCUACACCAGAAACCAUGGAUAAAUAUGAUGUAAUUAAAAUGAUUGGGGAAGGAGCCUUUGGGAGAGCAUUCUUAGCAAAAGGAAAGAUGGACAACCAGCAAUGUGUUAUAAAGGAAAUCAAUUUAACAAAGAUGCCUCAUCGAGAAAAAGAAGCUUCAAAGAAAGAAGUCAUUCUUUUGGCAAAGAUGAAACAUCCAAAUAUUGUAAAAUUCUUCACGUCUCUUCAAGAGAUGAAUAAAUUAUACAUUGUUAUGGAAUAUUGUGACGGAGGAGAUCUUAUGAAGAGGAUCAGUAGGCAACAUGGAGUGCUCUUUGAUGAGGACCAGAUUCUGGGUUGGUUUGUGCAGAUCUCUCUGGGAUUGAAACAUAUUCAUGAUAGGAAGAUCUUACACAGAGACAUAAAAACACAGAACAUUUUUCUUAGCAAUAAUGAGAUGGUUGCAAAACUUGGGGACUUUGGCAUAGCAAGAGUAUUGAACAAUACAAUGGAACUUGCUCGGACAUGUGUUGGGACACCUUACUAUCUCUCUCCAGAGAUCUGUCAGAAUAAGCCCUACAACAACAAAACGGACAUCUGGUCUCUCGGCUGUGUCUUAUAUGAGCUGUGCACAUUAAGGCAUCCCUUUGAAGGUACCAACUUACAACAGCUGGUGCUCAAGAUUUGUCAAGCACGUUUUGACCCCAUCUCUCCAAAGUUUUCUUCUGACCUACAGACUCUAGUAACUCAGCUUUUUAAAAUACCUCCUCGAAAUCGGCCGUCAAUUAAUUCCAUCUUGAAAAAGCCCUUCUUGGAGAAGCUCAUUGCCAAAUAUUUGUCUCCUGCGGUAAUACAAGAGGAAUUCAGUCAUACACUAAUACACAGAAAGAGACCAGCAGCAGCCCAGCCUGUAACUAAUCUGGCCAAAGGUCCAAUAAUGCAGAAAAAGCGACUCCAGGGUAAUCAUCCACCAAAAUCUAAGAUCCUGAUGCCUCCUAAGAGACGGGAGUUGCUACCUAGAAAAGAAUGGAUACCUCCUAGAGCUCAGAAGCCAACGCUGGUGAGUUUCCCUAUUGUCUUUAUCCUAAGGCCUGCCGAGUACCUUCAGAGGAGAUUGGAAGCUCAACAGUAUAAGCUGAAAGUGGAAAAACAAUUGGGUCUUCGUCCAUCUUCAGCUGAGCCAAAUAACCAAUUACAAAUGAAGGAAAGAAAGGGAGAACAGUCCAAACUCCAGGAUCUACAGUCUAAGAAGAAUAAAAUUAAACAAGAGGAAUAUCGGAAACAGUUAGAGGAAAUACGCCAGCAGUACCACAAUGACAUGAAAGCUAUUAGAAGGAAGGUUGGAAGAGGACUUGAGGAGGAUUCAAAUGUAAAUCACAAGACUUAUGUCGUGAAGCAGAAAAACACAUAUGCUCACCAGGAUGAACCUAAGGAGGACAUUGAAAGAAAAUUGGAACAAAUUAGGCUGCAGAGCAAACAGGAAAGAAAAAUGCUGGAACAGAAAUACAAGGUUAAGGGAGGAGUAAAGUUUGAAAUAAAUCUGAACAAAUGUAUUAUUGAUGAAAACAACAAGCAAGGGGAGGAGGAAAUAGAUGUCCUGAAUGAAACUUUGCCUUUUGAGGAUGGUAUGAAACUUAAGGAAAAGCAGCUUAUGAAUGAACACGAAGAUGAGACAGACCAAGCUUUGGAAAAAAUAUAUUGUCCAGAAGCAGAGGAAAGCAGCCAAGGUGGAGCAAGGUCUCGAGUACACGUCCCAAAGGAGCAGCUGAAGACACUGGAGAGGUUUAACCUGGAGAAAAGAAGACUGGCGGGAAUGAGAGCCAUCAUCAAGGACGUGAAGUGCUGUCCUGUGGGAGAAGAACAAGGGAUCCAGGAGUAA